ACAUUUAACUGGUAACAAUAGUCUUGUAUCAUACCAUUCCGUUUAGGAUCACAAAGGUGGCUAGGCAACAUCAGAAUGUCACACAUAACACAGGGUAAAUUGGAAUUUUUGUUCAUUCUUUCUUGAGUUUGUGUAGAAGUUGGCUGGUUUCAGAUUUGUUGAUAAAUUCAUUUUCGGACUUUGAUUUCUGGUUAUCUGAUUUUAAUGUGGUUCUGCUGGUUCUUAGCCUGCUGCCUAGCAGCACGGCAGGAUGAGCACAGUUCAGGUAGAGCCAUUAAGAAGCGCGUGAAAAAAUACAGACUGGAGGAACUAAAUAGAGAGCUGGAGGCUUUGGGGGUUAACGUUGAUGGACAUGGACAAGACAUGGAUGAAAAUAAAAAUAAAAACAAAAAGACCAAAAAGGAACUCCAAAAGCUCCUAAUAAAUGAGCUGAAACGGAUCGAGGAUGGCAGAACUGGCCUGGACAAGAGGGCUAGGGAGAGGGCAGAAGGACUAACUCUGCCCAUGGAGAUCCCAGAAGACGUCCUAAAUGUUCUUAAUGAUCUUGAUGCAUUCUUGGACAAAGAGUUGGAAGACUAUGAGAGAAAUGAACAGAGGGAUGACAAUGUGAAAGCUGUGCUCGACAGUCUCCUACAUAAAGUGGACUCGACUCUGGCGUCAGAAGGACUGAAAGACAAAGGAGAAAAGGAGAGUGUCUUGAGGCCAGAGGUUGGAGACAGUAAGGAGGCCGAGCGAGAAGCCAAUUUCUGGAGUGCCAGAGAGAACCACAAAGGCUCUGUCCCCAGGAGGAGGUUUCGGGGGGCCAGACACAGCAGCAGACGGCUGACUGUGUGAACGAUUGACAAGGACCAUCAAACACCAUCAAUAAAGCCAAUACAAUUUGUAGUGAUCUUAAUGUUUCUCCACGAUUCAUUUCUCAAAUAUAAUUCUGCAACCUAAUGGCUCAUACCAAGAUGUUCCAGUGAGGUCAA